AUGUCUUCUGCUGCUGCUCCUCCCAGCCACGACGAGCCGGCCAAGGGGAUGCCGGUGGCGCGCCCAUCGCCGCAGGAGGCCAGCUCAGUGUCAGGCCUUUCGUCGCCGCCGCGUUCCAGCCCUGAGGCCGCGUCGCCGUCCGCGCAGUUCCAGCAGCAGCAGCAGCACAGCAAUUCCAGCAUCACGGUCCGUCCGCCUGGUGUUGAGGCGGAAAACAACAAUCAUAAUAGUAAAUCGCUGGAAAACGUGCCACAACCACCACCACAACAGUCUCAACCACCACCACCGCAACCGCCCGCGCGGAAGAAGCCUGGCCGGAAGCCCAAAUCCCAUUAUGCGGCGCUUGCAGCUCUCAACAACAACAACAACGGCGAGGGCGCUGCAGCUGGAGCUGGAGCGGCCACGGCAACUGCAAGCACCAGCGCAAACACCAGCACCAACACCGAUGCGCCCAAGGUGCGACGAACCCGCAAGUCCAAGGACGCCAAAGACCUCAAGGACCCCGUCCAGCGACGCAAGAGACACGCGCUCCCCGAUGCUGCCAGUGUAGCCGCAAGUGCAAGUGCAGCUGCAAAUGCAAAUGCAAAUGCAAAUGCUUCCGACGGGCGGGCGGUCAGCGGCCCGCCCAGACAGACGCAGUUGAAUUUGCAGCUGCAGUCGCAGCCGAAACAGGUCGGGGCCGACCCUAUCUUCUCGGUGCACCCGGACCCCGCCAGCGUCGCCCAAAACGGCAAAAUUGAAGAUAUUCAGAGACCCAUCAACAGUUUCUUCAAUACCGGCCCCCCUCCACAACCACAGUCACAGCCACAGCCACUCCCUUCCCAGCAGCAGCAGCAGCAACAACAACCACCUCCCCCCCCACCACAACAGCAACAGCAACAAUACCAACAACAACCUCCCGCCCCCCCAAUGCGCAGCAGCGGCCAGAACUACGAUCCCAUCAGGUCCAAUUACGAUCCCGUGAGAGAAACCGUCAUCAGCCAUAAUUCCUAUCCCCACCCCGCCCAAGGCUCUCCAAACCAAGCUCCGCAUUCCAUGAAUCGCGCCAGCGCCUCGCCGUCGAUAUCGAGUUUGGUCGAUCCUCCCAACCAGGUUCUGACUUCACCCUCCAUCGCGGCGCAGUCGUUCUUCAACCAGCAGCAGGCAAGGUUGCAUCAAGGCGAUGGUCACGUGUCCGUCCCCCAAUCGCCCACCAUGAACAGGCUGGCGCCUUCGCUCGUGCUGGAGUCCUCCGGCCCUCCAAAACAACCCACCCAGGCCGCCAUGCCACCGAGGAAGUCAGACGCUCUAGAUACAGCGGUGGCAGGCCCCACCGCGAUGGUAAAGAAGGGUUCCCUAGGUUACGGUAGCACGGCGACGUCUUCUGCUGCUGCAUCGCCCAAGCCGCCCAAGAUUAAGGAUUCUAGAGAUGUCUAUCCCGCUCCUCCUCCUCUCCCGGGAUCCGGUCUGAUGCAACUCGGAGGGAUCGGUGGUGGCGGCGAUGGCACCGAGUUCCGCGCGCCCACGGUCAUCCUGGACAUUCCCAUGAAUGGCGACGUUAAUAAGAUCAUCAACUUCACUCGCAUGGCAGAGGAGCGAUACGGAUGGGAUGCCCUUCACCCUCGGUUGGCCGCCCAGCGUGACCGGCUCGCGCGUGUUGCUGCUGCCGGUGCGGCUCUUGAGCGGAAUGGCUCGGGCAGGGACAGCGGCGAUGACAUGUCACUGGACUCGGAAGCUGAAGGCAGCAAUGUCGAGAUGGGCGGUAUGAGCGAUGGCCGGGUUGGCACCGAUGGCGGAGCGAAGAAGAUCCCUCGAAAGCGACGGAUGAAGGAAGAUGAAUACGACAAGGACGACGGUUUUGUUGAUGAUUCCGAGCUGCUGUGGGAGGAACAAGCCGCUGCUGCCACUGACGGCUUCUUCGUGUACUCCGGUCCACUUAUUCCGGAGGAGAAGCCUGUGCUGGAUUUGAGGGCUGAUGGCGCACCGAAGCGUGGCCGGGGACGGGGCAGCAGAGGGGGAACUUCACGCUCGGCUUCAGGUCGCGGCGGCGCUGUUGGUAUCAACGCUCGAACCGGUCUUCCAUUGUCAGGGCCAGGCUCUCGAGGGGGAUCGACUACGCGCAAACCUCGUAUUACCAAAGCAGACCGCGCACGCAUGGAACAGGAGAAGCUCGAGCGCGAAAAGAUGGGCUCGAUGGCAUCAAUGCCCGCUGGGUAUAGUGGCAUGGCUCAACUGGCUAGCGCGGCAAACAUGGGAAAUACCCCUAUGGUGUUUAAUCAAUAG